AUGUCAAGUUUUAAAUAUCUAGGUAUUGUAAAUACGAUCAAGAGAAACAUUGGUUGUACAAAAUAUAUAAAUAACAACAGCAGCAGUAGUAAUAGUAAAUUUAGACAUAUAUUAAGAAGCAGCAGCAGUAGUAAUAGUAUAGUUUGUUGUAUUAGUAGUAGCAACAACAAUAAAAGAUAUUUCUGUACAAAUCAAAUAAAUGUUAAUACAUCUUCUUCUUCUUCAACUUUAAAUAAUGAAAAUGAUAAAAAAGAAAAAACAACAACAACAACACAAACAACAUCGACAUCGACAACAACUACUACUUCAGAGGAGAAACCAAAAUCACAAUGUUGGUGUCUAAUCAAUUGUAAAUUAGAAUCAAAGAGAAUACAUGUAUCUAAAGUUAAACCUAUUCCAUAUAUUAUUAUUGAUAAUUUGAUUAUUUUGUUAACAAUAAUUGUUAAUGAUAACGAUAUAACAAUUUACAAUUUAGAUGAAAACGAUAAAGGAUAUGUUCUUGGUGAAUAUAAUAUAAAUUAUGAAUCACCAUUGUGUGAAUCGAGAAAGCAGGUAUUGGAUGUUCUGGUGCGUGAGAAGGAUCAAUCGAUUCAAGAGCAACUGCUAGAGUCACAGCAACAGAAGAACGACGAAGAGAAGGAGAAGGAAGAAGAGAAAAAGCAGACAAAGAGUUUGUUCAAGACCGAAGAGGAGAAGGAGGAGGACGAUCGUGUCUACCCAGUACUCAACGAUACCACCACUUCCAUCGGACCGUGUCACAUCCUCUACAAGAACGAAUGGAUAGUAACCGUUGUAGAGAGAACUGAAACCGAUAACAAAGAUAAUGAACCUUAUUUUGUAUUAAAAUUAAAAACACCUAUUAGAUUAACAAAUGAUCUAUCGUUUAAUAUUGAAAGUCUAUCGUAUUUCUCGUCGAUUGAGAAGUUGUUGUCUUUUACCAAGUCGGUGGAUUGCAGCGAUAAGGAAUUCGAAAAGUUGUUCUUGACAAAGUCCGAUUCGAAAUGGACGAAACAAGAGACAAAGUGGCUGGUUGAGAAACGGCCUUUCUUGAGAGAGGCAUUGAUGUCGUUGAAGCUGCAUCUGUUGCCAUCGGUCGGAUUCAACAAUUGCGGUAUCAAUUUGGAGUUGAAGAAAGAGGAUCGUGUCAAGUGUAAACAAGAUUCAUCGCUGGAGUUCCCCGAUGGUGUCUAUCAGCUGUGUCUGGAGAUCGACAGUACCGAAUCGAUUUGGAAGAAGAACCCAGAGACCAUCGAAAAGAUUCUUUACCUCUACACCGUCAUGUUUGACAGUUUAGCAUCUAUCAACUAUAUAGAUGAUGCACCAAUAGAUCAAGUUUAUCUAUAA